CUCUGUCCUCUUCUCCUCUCACACAAUCCAAAAGGUGAGGCGCCGCCUCCACCACCGCCACCACAAUCGCCACCGCCUCUCUCCCGGCGUACUCUAUCUCUUAAUCUGUAAAUUCCUUGCUUCUCUCUCUUCCUUCCUUCGUUAGGGUUUUUCCCCCCCUUCUGUAUACUCAAAUCCAUGGCGGCUAGAAAAGAAGCUGAACGGAUCAAGGGUCCAUGGAGCCCCGAGGAAGACGAGUCGCUACAGCGACUGGUCCAGAGCUACGGCCCGAGAAACUGGUCUCUCAUAAGCAAAUCGAUCCCCGGGAGGUCGGGGAAAUCGUGCCGGUUGCGUUGGUGCAACCAGCUCUCCCCUGAGGUCGAGCACCGGCCGUUCAGCCCCGAAGAGGACGACACAAUCAUCAAGGCUCACGCGCGGUUCGGAAACAAGUGGGCCACAAUCGCCCGCCUCCUCAACGGCCGCACUGAUAACGCGAUCAAGAACCACUGGAACUCCACCCUCAAGAGAAAAUGCUCUUCGAUGACCGAGGAUUUGGAUUCCCCCGACGAAAAGCCGCUCAAGAGAUCCGCCAGCCUCGGCGCCGGGACCAAUUUCUCGGGUCUCUACUUGAACCCGAACAGCCCCUCCGGAUCCGAGCUCAGCGACUCCAGUCUUCCCGGUAACAAUGCUUCUUCCUCCCCUGUCUACCGCCCGCUGGCCAGGACGGCGUCGUUGAUCCCUUCUACUCUCUCCAUCGAUGUGAGUUCUCCUUCUCCCUCGAUAAGGGAUCCCCCAACCUCGCUCAGCCUGUCUCUGCCAGGAUCCGACCCGCCCGAAAACCCGAACCAAUUGACCACGUCCGGAUCCGGGUCGGGUCUCGGAUCUGGUAGCCCGACAAAUCCCCCUCAACUCCCCAUCCUCGCACUACCACCACCGGUGCCAGCCCCCCAAUUUCCCAUCCUUGCACUACCACCGCCGGUGCCAGCUCCGGCAGUGCAGCAGGAGGAGGCGGCGGGUGAAGAGAAGGGGGAGUUGGGGUACGAGAAGCAGUUUUUCAAUCCGGAGUUUCUGGCGGUUAUGCAGGAGAUGGUGAGGAAGGAAGUGAGGAGUUACAUGUCCGGGAUUGAGCAGAAGGGGAUGUGUUUCCAGGCGGAAGCCAUAAGUAACGCUGUGGUUAAGCGAAUUGGGAUUAGCAGGGUCGAUUAAAGCGGGAAGAAGAAGAAGACGCCAUGAGUAAGUGGAAUGGCACUCCGUUGCAAUUGGACAUUAGCAGUCAGCAGAGUUUGUCGUCUGGGUCAUCAAUGGGUGAAAUUUGGGAACGGAAGGAAGGAUUAGAAGAUGUCGUUUAGUUGCUUUUUUUUUUUAUCAAUCGGUUGUUCUAUACAGGAAGGGAAGUAAUAAUUUUGGUAGUGUACAGUAGGGGUAAAAAAAAAAAAAAUGAAAAAGGGUAAUUCAGAGGGGGGCUGGGUUUGUGUUCAUUCAUUGUUCUAGAGGAAAGACUCGUCUCUGGAAUAUGAUGAUGAGGAAAAAGUAACUAAAACGAAACUGUCAAAAAUAUUAAUCUUCGCUCCAAAAAUUGAAUGAAAGGAAAAGGGAGGAAAAAGGACUCCAAUUUGGUGUCUUCUCUCGUUCAUCUCUGCCUGUUUUCUCUUGGUUCAUUUCUUUCCCAUAAUCGAAUUUAUCAGCCUGUGAAAAAAAUAAAAAUUACAUACACCGUUAGUGGGCUUGCGGCCCAAGCUAAACUGUGGUAGAUGUUAUUGGAAAGCCUAACUUCGGGCCCAAUACCUUUUUUGUUUCCCCCCUUUGAAGUUUGAACACUACACUAGAUCUGUUUGACAUCACUCUUUUUUCUGUCAGACAGCUGGAGUUUGUUUGCGUCGAGAAAGGGGAAAUGGGGAAAAGGGACACAGAAAAGCAGGAGAACCACAAAUGCAAGUGGGCGGGUUUGAAGUUGAGAGAAUUGAAAUUUGGGAAAAGGGGGUGAGUGAUGUGGUUUUGUUAGAUAGCUUGAGGGAACUUUAGCAGUAGAAAGUGAUGGUCCAGAUGUGGUGGCCUCUCUCUAUUCUGGUCUGAUGAACAUUUUAUGGCAUGUGACGGAAUCGAUGCAAUUGUGUAUUGACUAUAGAGUAUAUAGACUAAGGGGUCGUUUGGAAGUUGAGAAUGUUAAAUCGUUGAAUUGUAAUGAAUCACAACAAAAUAAAUACAUGUAUUGGUACAAUGGAUGCAUUGCAAUAAUAUAUUGUUUGGUUGUUGAGAUUCUACUUUAUGUAUUGACUUGCAUAAAGUUACUUUAUGGGG